CUAGUCCCCAGUUCUGGAAGAACGACAUACGAACCCUGGUAACUUGGUAUCUGGUAUGGCCUUACUUCAAGGACACUGCAUUCGGAUAUCAUAAGAGGAUGCGUGGAACACUGUGCUUUGCGUACCUUGCCCAUAUCAUACAAUCUAGGCCUCUUUAUUCCUCGCACCCUGUCUACUCAGCAUGUCGCAAAAUAGGAAACGACGAGUGACGUAUGGUAAAUCACCCUUAAACAGGCUUGAGUCACAUACGCAGGGAUUAGGUGAUUCUGCCAGAGCAUCCACGUCUCGCAUUUCCCCAAUUAAUGAAUUAGCUACGUCAGCAACAUCUUCUGUUCGAACGUCUCGGUCUUCCCGGCUGCUGAAGAGCUCAAGCAAUUCUCCGGUCACGAGAGGGGGGAACGAGGAUGAGAAUAAAGGAGACGAGCAUAUCGCCAUGCCGCGAAAACGGAGGAAGUCGCUUCAUGAAGAACCUUACAUUGACCCUACACUACGCGGGAUGAGCUCACAUGCGGCUGCGUCCCUGGGUGUGAAUCUAGGGAAUGCCGGCCUGCAAAACAACAUUAAUUCCCCUCCAAAACACACCCAUCGGGGCAAACCUUCGGGCGGCGGUGACACUUCUCGGUCUGCGAGUCCAGACACCACGCUUGAGGCCGAAUCAAUCAACCGACCAGCAUAUUCUUACUGGCGCUCUACCCGUCGACAGAAGCCAGCUUCUCAGCUUCGAGAUGAUCGUAAGGGUUCAAGUAGUUCUUUGGGUACAUCUCAGAGGCUCGACUCGGCUUCGCCGCGGAAAAGAUUGGUCGACUCGUUAGGCACUGCAGAUAAUGGAGGCAGUGGGGCUUUUGCGCCAUUGUCCCAUUAUGUGCCUAAACCACUCUACUCCUCUGAUGAGGUGGAUUUCACUUCAGCAGGCCGGCGUCUUGAUAGGGAAGCGUCCGAAUCCAGGACAUGUGACCCUGAGCACCUUCGAAGAAGCCCUCCCGCGCCCGUACCUUCUUCAAUGUUGCGAUCUUCAGGAGUUACUUAUUCACGGCAGCGUUCAUUUUUGAAUGAUUCACUUACUUUGACCGAUCUCGAACACCAUGAUGUAAAGAACUCUCACGAAUUCGAAACUGAAGCAGAAUCUCUUAACGUACGCUCUUCGCGCAUAUCUCCCGAAGAGGAUGAUGCCCAGGAUAGCAAACCCGUCCGUAGCAUCCACGAGCUUCGGCGGGCUGGAGACAAUGCCCGAUUUCGAGAAGUCAUCGACUCGAUUUUUGAAGAUAUCGAAGACAGAUAUAGUUCAAAGUCUGGAAGAUGUUGUGCCCUUGCCGAAUUAUGUGGCAAACUUUUGGAUCCCCAGUUUGUACAUCGUUUCUCUGAGCAGGGAUUUGACGAACGUCUGGUGAAUUGUACAUUAAACGAUUUGGAUUUAAUAUCUGCUUCCCUUGCUCUCAGUGCUCACAGACUGAUAAUAGUCGGCGGCCAUACUUCCCGCGUUUUUUCCGACUCUUUGUGGGCAAGGAUCCUCGAAUUACCCCCCGCAGUAUUGGAUACGGAGGACGAUAUCCUUAUUUUAGCCCGAAAACCUUCGAUUGGUCUUUCAAAGACUGCACAGGCAGCCAUCAGGGAUGUUCGGUCUCAUUUAUUGCCUGCCAUGGGUUCUCUUUCGCCAUGUCUGUCACCCCAAUUGCUAGCACUUGAGUGCAUCAAAUCUUCUCUGGUCGUUCUCCGGGAGAGUGGGCAUACAAUUCACCAUUUUUCUACACUAUUUUUGGGCAAGUUGAUCGAUCUGAUUGCGGAAAAUGCCAUCAAAGAUCUAAAUUCCUCAGCACCGAAAGACCAACUUGAGUUUCUGGAUCGAAUAUUUCUGAUUCUCGAGGAUUACUCGGUAAUAUCGGGGCCAUUUGAUUAUAAUCAUUGCCAGUGUUUCCAUCGUCUUGUUCGAUUUCAUAACGUUUUAAGUUUAGAUCAUCGCGAUCGAAGACAUGCCUCGAUGUCCUAUAUCCGGGUGAUACUAAAUCUUACUAACAAGGAGCCGAAACUGUGUGACUGCUUUGCAACCCCAGAUAUUGUCUGCGGGCUCGCGGGUAUUGUUACUACAGAAUUUCGGGAUAUUUCUAGCGAACUUUGCCACCAGGACGAUGGCACAUUGAAUGAGGUCAUUUUGGCUCUAGGAACCCUCAUAAAUCUAGCAGAGAAGACCAAGCAGUCCAGAGCUAUACUUAUAAGUUCCGAUAACAGAGCAGUUUCUUUCUUUCGCCAGCUUCUCGAGCAAUUCUCUGGCAGUGUUGGCACUAUGGACCAGGUGAGGAAACAAUUAUUACCUAUUGAUGUGUUCUGACAUUAUAUAUAGGCACACUCCGUGGCCGAUGUGCAUGUGAAUGUUGUUGCAGGAUACCUAUCCAUCCUUUUGCUUACUAUUUGCCUCGACAAGG